CGCCUUAUUCCCGAAGAGAUGAAGGACGAAAAGUAUUGGAACCGCAGACUAAAGAACAAUGCUGCUGCAAAGCGAUCGCGUGACGCCAGGAGAGCCAAAGAGAGCCAGGUGGAGAUCAGACUUGAUUCUUGA